GCCCAGCUCGGCGUGGGGACUCGGCGCAGUGGGAGCAGGUGGCUGUGUCGGAGAGGAGGGCGAGCGACGUCCGGGGGGGAGAGAGAAAGAAAAGAGGAAGCAGCCGAGCCACCCGAGGGGGCCUCUCCAUGGCGACGGCGCGUGCUUGCGAAGGGCCUUCCUCUUCCCCGGCUCCCCCUCACCCGCCUCCUCUCUUCGUCGCCGCGCCGACCGCGGUCCCUUUUGGGGCGGCCGGAAUGUGAGCGGGAGGCGCCGGCGCUGCAGGUUUCAGUUUAGCAUCCCCUUGUCUUCAGUACCAGCAGCAGCUUUGUUCCAUAAUCAAUGUGACGUUUUGGAAUGCCUCAGCAACCAACGAAAUGAUUCGGAGUAGUGGAAAACAUUAUUUCUACGUUGGUCUGAUAUUGGCUAUGAGCUCGAGCCUUUUCAUUGGUGGGAGUUUCAUCCUGAAGAAGAAAGGACUCCUUCGACUGGCCAGAAAAGGCUCCAUGAGAGCAGGUCAAGGUGGCCAUGCGUACCUUAAAGAAUGGCUGUGGUGGGCUGGACUGCUGUCUAUGGGAGCUGGAGAAGUUGCAAACUUUGCUGCCUAUGCAUUUGCACCAGCUACACUGGUGACUCCAUUAGGAGCACUCAGUGUUCUUGUAAGUGCCAUUCUUUCAUCAUACUUUUUAAAUGAGAAACUUAAUCUACAUGGAAAAAUUGGAUGUUUGCUAAGUAUUACGGGUUCCACUGUGAUGGUUAUUCAUGCACCCCAAGAAGAGGAAGUAGAAACGUUGAAUGAAAUAUCCCACAAGCUAGGCGAUCCAGGUUUUGUGGUCUUUGUAACUCUCAUAGUCAUUGUAUCCUUGAUACUAAUCUUUGUGGUGGGACCACGGCAUGGGCAAAGCAACGUUCUUGUGUACAUAACAAUCUGCUCAGUCAUUGGAGCUUUGUCUGUUUCCUGUGUCAAAGGCUUGGGCAUUGCGAUAAAAGAACUUUUUGCUGGAAAACCUAUGCUGAAACAUCCUUUGGCCUGGAUUCUGCUGCUAAGCCUUGUUGUCUGCGUUAGCACACAAAUCAACUAUUUAAAUCGGGCCCUGGAUAUAUUCAACACUUCUAUUGUGACACCAAUCUAUUAUGUAUUCUUCACAACAUCUGUUUUAACUUGUUCUGCUAUUCUAUUUAAGGAGUGGCAAAACAUGGCUGCUGAUGACAUUAUUGGCACGUUUAGUGGCUUUCUCACUAUAAUAGUGGGGAUAUUUUUAUUGCAUGCUUUUAAGGAUGUCAACUUCACUCUAGCAAAUUUGCCUGUCUCCCUGCAUAAAAAUGACAGAGGAACAAACGGCUCUUUGCCAGCCCCAUACGAACACUUUAAUCACGAUGAAGAGAUUGCAACUCAUGUAGGUGAUCUUCAGUCCAUGGAAGGAAUGUCCUCUAGGAGAAAUGGAAACCUUACAGCUUAAGAAAAAUUCUGUAACUGUGUUCCAUUGUUAAAAGUCAAUUUUAAGCGCUUGUCAUAAAAAUGUAUUUAAAUAGUAUGUGUAGACAAUCGUUCCUUUUUAGGUUUGGUUAGCUUGGACCAAGCAGAGUGGUGGAUUUUUAUUUUAUUUUCAUUAAAAAAAAUUAAACCUCAAAACAUGUUUUGAGUUCCAUGUACAUAUUAAAUUUUGGUUUAAGAC